AUGAGUUGGAUGUUCCUGAGAGAUCUCCUAAGUGGAGUCAAUAAAUACUCAACUGGGAUCGGGCGGAUCUGGCUGGCUGUCGUGUUCAUUUUCCGUUUGCUGGUCUACAUGGUGGCAGCUGAGCAUGUGUGGAAAGAUGAACAGAAAGAAUUUGAGUGCAACACUAGACAGCCUGGUUGUGAAAAUGUGUGCUUUGACUACUUCUUCCCCGUGUCCCAAGUCAGACUUUGGGCCUUACAACUGAUCAUGGUCUCCACACCUUCACUUCUGGUGGUCCUGCAUGUGGCCUAUCGUGAGGGCAGAGAGAAAAAGCACAGAAAGAAACUCUACGUCAGCACGGGCAUGAUGGAUGGGGGCCUGUGGUAUACUUACCUCAUCAGUCUCAUCGUGAAGACUGGCUUUGAAAUCGGUUUCCUGGUUUUAUUUUACAAGCUCUAUGAUGGUUUCACAGUUCCCUGCCUGUUAAAGUGUGACCUGAAGCCUUGCCCCAAUGUUGUGGACUGUUUUGUCUCCAAACCUACGGAGAAAACCAUCUUCAUCUUCUUCCUAGUCGUUGCCUCAUGCCUGUGCAUUUUACUGAAUCUGAUUGAACUGAGUUUUUUGUUUCUGAAAUGCUUUAUUAAGUGCUGUCUCCAAAGGUAUUCUAGAAGGUUCAAGUCCUCAGUAUGUGAGUGCCACCACCUGAGACCUGCAGAAUGGGGAGAGUUGGGGGUCUCUCCCCCACUCCAGAAUCAUCAUUCACACCCAGCCACAAACACACCCCAGCGUUGUGAGACAAAGCCAUUCUGUGAGACACAAGAGGCCUAA